UCCUGUUGAAAUAGGGUUAAAUUAGAAAUGGUUUGAUUGGAUUAAAUCUUGGAAUUACAAACUGAUAUGCAAGCAUUCAACGACGGAUAAUUACGUUUUCAGUUUAUAAAACAUACUGUCAGAAGUUCGAGUGCCAAAUGGCUUCAAAAUAGAAGUUACUGCCUUGUGUAUAUGGUUGUUUAUUACAUAUAAUGUAGAUACGGUAAAAUUAACUAAUCUUACACAAGUCACACAUCGAAAAGGAUUUAAGAUGAUUUUAUCUUAUUGACAUUUAAUACAUUCCUUUUAACUGUUUCGGCUAUUCAACUAUUUUACAUUGCAUUAUGUUGCGUUAUGUUUGAAUUUAGAAACUAGACAAAAAGUUUGAUUUAGUGACGUCAAUGAAACAACGAGUCUUUUCGUUUAUGAGAAUAAAGAACAUUAUGGGAACAAAAAUUGUUUAAUAGCAUAAAUGAAGAAUGGAUUCACAAAACUCAUUGGCACCUGAUAUAGACAAGAAUUACGAAGUGUUGAAAAGUUAUGAAAAUAUACAAUUAUCAUCAGUGAACAAUGCAUCAUUAAGAGAUGAUAAAAGUAACGCAAUCAAAAGUGACAUGUAUAUAACCCCUGUGUUAGACAAAGAAUCACCACAAUCACGAGGAAUAGAAUUAAUAGAAAAAUCUCCGGCUGAACAUCAUUCAAGAAAUCCUGAUACAAUUAUUGGAGGCUACCUCUCUUUUCCAUCUGCAAAUAAAGUCGGCAGAGAAAAUACUUUUGUUGACAUUGCAUCUUCAGCUAGCAAAGUAAACACGUAUGAAAAGUUGAAUAAGUCUACAGCAGACACAAGAGAUGAUGAGGUGUACGCAACAAUAAACAACGAAAACGUUUUGGAUAGUGAAAACUCGAACGCGGCAACAUCAAAUAGGCACAAGCCGUAUGAACGAACUCGACAAAAUGAUGGAAAUGGACAAAGGAGAAAAUGCGGCAAAAGGAUCUUUGUUGUGGGACUUGUUGUAAUAUUAGUGUUAAUCACAAUUUCAUCAGUGGCUACUACAAUUUUUGUUUUUACAUCAAAAGAUCAAGGUAAAGGAAAAUUUACAACAGAGAAUGACGUUACAUCCGUUGAGUCUAGCAAUACGGGUUUGACCAAUUCGAUACCAACAAAGCCCUUCUCGACAUCGAUCCCGACAACAUCUACCACAAAGUUAGCUCCAGAACAUACAGUUGCAUUUGAGAACUCCUUGUACAUGUUCAAUAUCGGUGAGAAAGAAUCGAUUACAUGUGGCGUCCAGAAUAUGCCGGACUGGAAAUGAAUAGAGAUAAGAAGG